UACCAGAAAGAAAGAAACUGCGAGAUUCAAAGAAGAGAAAAAAGAAAAACACACACACGUACACACCCAAAUGAAAUGAUUAUUAUUGUCGACAGAGCGAAGAAGAACAACAACAACAAACCUUCAAAACGGUUCGUUUCGCUCCACGCGUUUCGCAUCGGAACUACCACCCCUUCCCCGACGCAUCUCCGGUCGCCACCGUCGGCGACGUCUCCCCACUCGGAUUGACCCGACCCGAUUGUUAUCGCACGAUCUGCGAUCUCGGAGCGGUUUCUGGAUCUGAGAACGAUGCCGUCUCACGCGGAUCUGGACCGGCAGAUCGAGCACCUCAUGGAGUGCAAGCCUCUGCCGGAGGCGGAGGUCAAGGCUCUGUGCGACCAGGCGAGGACGAUUCUGGUCGAGGAGUGGAACGUUCAGCCGGUGAAGUGUCCUGUCACGGUGUGUGGUGAUAUUCAUGGCCAGUUCUACGAUCUCAUCGAGCUUUUUCGGAUAGGAGGAAGUGCACCUGAUACCAAUUAUCUCUUCAUGGGCGAUUAUGUAGAUCGUGGGUAUUAUUCAGUGGAGACUGUUACACUUUUGGUGGCCUUGAAAGUACGCUACAGAGAUAGAAUUACAAUUCUCAGGGGCAAUCAUGAGAGCCGUCAAAUCACUCAAGUGUAUGGCUUCUAUGAUGAAUGCUUGAGAAAAUAUGGAAAUGCCAAUGUCUGGAAAUUCUUUACCGACUUGUUUGAUUAUUUACCUUUGACUGCCCUCAUCGAGAGUCAGAUUUUCUGCUUGCAUGGAGGUCUCUCUCCGUCUUUGGAUACAUUAGAUAAUAUCCGUGCCUUGGAUCGCAUACAGGAGGUUCCGCAUGAAGGACCAAUGUGUGAUCUCUUGUGGUCUGAUCCUGAUGAUCGUUGUGGUUGGGGAAUAUCUCCACGUGGUGCUGGAUAUACAUUUGGACAGGAUAUAGCUGGUCAGUUCAACCAUACCAAUGGUCUCUCCCUGAUAUCUAGAGCUCACCAGCUUGUCAUGGAAGGGUACAAUUGGUGCCAGGAGAAGAAUGUGGUAACUGUUUUUAGCGCUCCAAAUUACUGUUACCGAUGUGGGAAUAUGGCUGCCAUACUGGAAAUUGGAGAGAAUAUGGAACAGAAUUUUCUGCAGUUUGAUCCAGCUCCCAGGCAAAUUGAGCCUGACACUACACGAAAGACUCCGGAUUAUUUUUUGUAACUUCCUACAUCUCUCUGUUUGUAGUUACUGCUUUCUGCUGUUACUAUAGUUUGUGUCUUCAAGGAAAGGGGAGAUUCACUUUAAGUGGAGGAUUAUCAUCAACUUAAUUCUUUCUUGUGGAGUUUGUCUGCUGCUGCUGCCGCCCCGUCUUAUUUGGACAAAAAACCAAUAGAAUUGACACCAUUGGUACUGUAUAUUUUUUAUAGGAGGAAGCGGCAGUAACAUGGUAUAUCUUGUGCUGUAAUUUUUCUUCUUUUAUUAAAUCUCAAGCUAGAGAGCAGAUUUUUGUGUUCUGACCAUCAUGUUCAUUUAAAGACUCUGGAUGGUGACAAAUUGCAGGUAUUGAUUUUACAUAA